AUGGUACAAGGGGUGAAUUCAGCUAAGCGGAGGGUUCACCACAGAAGCGGCCCCACAGAAGCGGUCCCACAGAAGCGAGGAAUUGAACCGCAGAAGAGGUUAGGCGUGAAGAGGGCUGGGACCGCAGGUGCGGUCGUUUGGCGGCAGAUGCAGGACUGCGCCUGCGGUGGAGAAGGCGCAGAAGCGGAGAACGGGCAUCCUGGGAAGGACCGCAUAUGCGCAUUGUGCAUCUAUUCGACUCUACGGAAGGACGUGGAAUGCCGAUUAUGGAUCUUCGAAGCGAGGUAUAUGGUGAUGACUACUGUCAAGAAAGGGAAGCCUGGUUUAAGGAAGAAAGUCAUGUCUGCUGUCAUUGUUAGACAACGUAAACCUUGGCGACGAAAGUAUGGUGUCUUCAUGUACUUGGAAAAUAAUGCAAGUGUUAUUGUGAAUCCCAAGGGAAAAAUGAAAGGUUCUGCUAUCAUUGGUCCAAUUGCGAAGGAGUGCGCUGAUUUUAUGGCCAAGGAUUGUUGGUGCAACUAA